ACGAACAUAAAUAAGCAAACAUAUACAGACACAACACACAGAGACACACACUUUUCAAUCAUUUGCAAGUUUUGUUACACAUGUUUCGAGUGAAUGUCAAAAUUGUUUGUAUACAAAAUAGAUAGAUAUAUAUAUAGUUCGUUCGUGUAUAUAGAUAGGACAGACGACUUUCAGCACAAAGGAAAGGAAUAACCAACCACAUCAUUAGGCUAAUGCGGCGGCGAAGCAGUUAAGCGGAAGGCGCAGCAGCAGCGACCAAACACACACGAGUUUUUUCUGACAGAAAACUCUGAAAUUCUGUGUGUGAUUUUUGCAUAAAAAUCAGUUGUGUGUGGAAAAAUCAAUUGGAAGAUUAUAUUGCAAUUACAACAAGCAGCAGCCCAACAACAACAUGGAUAGCGCCGGUAAAAAUCGUUAUGAACUUUUGUUCAUGGACGACGAUGUUAGCGAUCCAUUAGAUAAUCUUGUCGCGGCCAAGAAGAAGCAGCAGCAGCCAGCAACUGGCGGCUCGGCAGCAGCGCCCAACACAAAAACGGCGCCAACGACCAAAGUAGCUAAGCCAGCGGGCACAGCAGCCGCCAACAAAAAGCCAAAUCAAGCCGAAAAGGAAAACAAACCAGGUGCACUCAACAAAAAUGAUGGCAAGAAAACUGCACAGGGCAGCAACGGCAACAACAAUGACAAACUAAACAACAAGCAAGGUGGGGCUGGGUCUGCGGUCGCUGCGCGCAAAACACGUGAAACUGGUCAAGGGCAGCAACAGCAACAACAUCAGCAGCAGCGCAAUGUCAAUUUUCGUCAACAGAAUGGUGGAGGAGGUGGUGGUGGCGCCGGAGGUGAGGUAACGCGCGAGCAGCGCAACAAUCGCCGCAACGUGCGCGAAAAUGGCGCUCCAGGUGGCAACUCUGGCAAUUCGACUGGUGCUGAUGGCAAUCCUCGACCAUAUCGCAGCACCGGCGGCUUUGGUGGCGAUCGUCCACAACGCCAGAAUCGCAACUUCGAGGGCAACAAUCGCAAACGUGAAUUUGAUCGUCAAUCUGGCUCCGACAAAACUGGUGUGAAGGCAAUUGAUAAACGCGAUGGAGCUGGCGCUCACAAUUGGGGUUCGGUUAAGGAAGCCAUCGAUGAUGUGAACAAGAGCAACGAAGGCGGCAACAACAAUGAGACAAAUGCUAACAACAACAAUGCCGAAGGCAAGGCCGAUGAAUCUGGUAAUGAGCAAUCGAAUGAACAACAAACACCGCCAGAGGAAGAGACCAAAGAGCUGACCCUAGACGAAUGGAAGGCCCAACAGCAGCAGCGCAUUAAGCCCAAGUUCAACAUACGCAAAGCCGGCGAAGGUGAGGAUACGUCGCAAUGGAAGAAAAUGAUUGUGCUGAACAAUAACAAAAAGAAGGAGAACGAAAGUGAAGAGGAACUUGAAUACGAUCCUGCCAUGUAUCCGCAACGCGUCGGCCGCCAGCAGCGCGUCCUUGACAUUCAGUUCAAUUUCAAUGACGGUCGUCGCGGCGGCGGUGCCAGCAACUUCAAUGGGCGCGGUCGUAACGGUCCACGCGGUGGAGGACCACGCAACGAGGGCAAUCGCGGACCGCAGCAGAACGGACCACAAGGCGCCGGCAAUGCCGAUGGCGGCAAUGCGGGCGGCGGUGGCAAUGGUCCAUCUGCUCGUUCAGAGGGCGGCAAUCGGCCGCCCAUUGAGCGUCGCGGCUUGGGCGGCGGCAUUGGUGGUGGACAUGCUGGCAAGCGUUUUGGCAACGACAGGCAACAGAAUGCUGCACCCAAGGUCAACGAUGAGCGCCAGUUCCCAACGCUCGCCUAAGCUGAAUUUGAAGAUUAAAUGUUGAAAAGGAGAGCCGAAGGACGAGGAGGAGCUGAGGUGGGAGGCGCUAGCUACAGGCGCCGGGGCGUGCAUUCAAUUUUUAAGAGUUGGUGUCUGCAUAUUAAGAGCAGGAACAGAUAACCAAUAUAUAUAUAUCACACACUCACACUCACAUUCACUCACACACAUACACAAUCAUAAGAACUGUAAGCAAGAGUUAAAAAAAUUUUCAUUUUAGGCGGCCGCAGCGCAGCCAAAGCCAAAAGCCACAAAAACAAACAAA